AUUUUAUAAUUUGUAGGUUAUGCGAGUGAGAAAUAUUUGUUUUGAUUCAAUUAAAAUAUACCUAGUUUAUUGAAUAAAAAACUGUAAUUCCAUAAUGGCUCUCAUAAGAGCGGGCUUGCAAAGACUCGCCAGUGUAUUCAACGCAGGACAAGCAGGCGUAUUACCCAGAUUUAUAACAAAUUUAUCGCCUAUAGAAAACAAAUCCGUACCUGAGAGCACCAAAGACGUGAUUGCAGAAUGUAACAAACUUAUUGAAAAAAAUGCUUCAAGAAACUUUGCAAUAGUGCACCUGAUGGGGAAACAAUGGCGCGUGACUGAUGGAGACUUGAUUGUCCUCGAAGGGUACUGGCCUCCAAGUAUUGGAGAUAAGAUCAAACUAGACAAGGUACUGCUUGCUGGUACCAAAGACUUCUCUCUGAUUGGAAGACCUGUAGUUCAACCUGGGUUGGUUGAUGUAACAGCCACAGUGAUAUCCAAGGGUCUGUCGCACACCAGAACACAUUUCAAGAAAAAGAGGAGGAAGCAGUACAUGAGGAUGAACUUCCAGCGAUCACAACAAACUAUAUUGAGAAUAAACUCAGUAGAGAUAGCAAACAAAAUCAAUGAAGCUCCUAAUAAUGUCCAAUAAGUUGUUUAUUUAUAAGUAGAUAAUAAAUGUUAGAGUACAUAUA